AUGGCUGCCCCUGCCCCUAGAGAAGUAUGGGAAAACAUGAUUGGUCAGGCGAUUACUAUGGAUAAUAUUGACAUGAUGCUUGAUGAAAGGCCAGAUAUAAAUGAUUCAAUUGUAUAUCCAAUGAACCGCUCCCCAUCUCCAAUCCCAUCAGGAUGGAAACGUCUUGUUGUCUUCUACAAGGUCGACGAAAACCAUAAAAGUACCAUUGUUUGGCCGGAUCCAUAUGUUAUGUAUGGAAAUAAUGCUCCGGCUCUAACUAUUGGCUAG